AUGAAUUGUUAUGGGAUCAUUAGGAUUUGGGAUUGGAGUGACAAGGUGUUCCUAGUGGUUGAUGAUAAUGAUGAUAUGCGGUUGGUUGUGUUAUUUGGGGUUCUGUUAGGGUUGGACUUGAUUGUUGGUGAUGAUGAUGAUGAUGGGUGGGGGUGUUUGUGGGUGGGAGCAAAAGGGAUGGAUGAUGGGACCAAUUCCAAUCCAAAGGCUAUGAUUUUUUUAGGAUUUGAAAAUGGAAACCCUAAAUUGCUUUUUGAUAUCAUUAUUAGGUCAAGCUGUAAAGGGGUUGAUUAUUGA